UUCGUCACAAUCACAAAAUAACUUUUAUUACACUGAAACGACACGAAGCACCUUUUCUUCAAAAACCUUCCUCCUCAACACAACACCAACUUCUUCUUCGCCUUCCGUUUAGGGUUAGGGUUUCCAACUUCCACCCAAUGUCGUCUAUUAAUCUCUCGCCCCUUUCCUCCGGUUACAAUUCAAUCCCUUCCAUCUCACGCGCCACCGCUCCUUCCGCCUUUUCCACGCGGCGUCCAUGGGAUGAGUUUCUUGCACUGCGCUCCUUCACGCUCCCCUACUCCCUCGGCGAAGCCACGCUUCGUGUCAAGCGCAAUCUUGGACACUUCCGUGUGAAUUACGCCUUGAUCGCGCUCCUCGUCCUGUUCCUCAGCCUCCUCUGGCAACCCAUUUCACUCAUCGUGUUCAUCGCCGUGUUCACCGUGUGGUUCUUUCUCUAUUUCUUCCGUGACGGCCCUGUGGUCGUGCUCCACCGCACGCUCGACGACCGCCUCGUUCUUGCCGCGCUCGCUGCCCUCACCGUGGCGGCGCUCGUCCUCACCGGCGUCUGGCUGAACGUGGUUUCAGCUCUGCUCGUUGCGGCGGCGUUGGUGGCGCUGCAUGCGGCGUUUCGGAACACCGAUGAUUUGUAUAUGGAUGAAUCGGAAGUUUCUGAUGGGGGUUUGGUCUCGGUUGUUGGCGGUAGCCCAACGAAACGAACAGGGCAAACUAGAAUAUAGUUGGCUGUGGUAUAUACAACAAUUUGUUUCGUUUAAUCGUUGUUGUAUUACGUGCAUUGCAUAUAUUCGAAGAAAAUAGAGGCUCCAGUUUAGGUUUUGGUCACUUGGAAAUGUGAAUUGUGUCCAUAUGAUAGUUUUACGUACCGUGUUGUUAGCAUGGAAUGGGUUCGAUGGUGGCCCUUUCUUUUUUUCGUGUUCACUGAAUUCGUGUAAAUUCUUGAAUAAGUAACUCAUAGGUUAAAGCAAUCGAAUUCAAUUUCUGUAUUUUGAGUUCCAAUUUGGUUUAUGGCCUGCUUUGGUGUGCUUUCUGCAUUUGUAAUAGGUUAGUAAUAAUGGAUAAAAAUUGACUUUUUUGUCAAGUGUAAGUAUAAAUAGACUUUGGUUGCUUUGAAGAGUGGACCAUUUUGGUUA